GUUGAACAACUUUAAUUAGUCAUGCAGAUAGACAUUUGCAUUUUUCCCAAGUGAGCUAUAAGCCAUUCUUUCCGAUUAAUGUAAGAAAAAUCAAUUAGUUUUCAGUCAAUAUGAAAAAUUGUUUAAAAUUUUCUUUUUAAUGGUCAGAUUUAGACCAAAAUUAUUGGUGCUAAUCUUUCUCAACUAAAAUGAUUCUGAGAGGAAGCAAAUCUGUAAUAAAUCGCUUUACUCUCUUUCUAUUAGUAAUAUCUUCUAUUCAGCCAGUAUUCAUGACAGAACCGAAAUGCCUCUUAGAUGUUGUAUACGAUUUUCUAAAAUCAAGAGAUGUUGCAUCCGUAGCUACUGUAGAUGGUUCCAAAGUCAUUUCGCACUUGAAUGAAGAGCAAACAGACGAAGUGUUUGAGGAGCUAAAUCAAAGUUUUAAUACACCGAUCAUGCACGAUAUUGAUGACAAUGAUACCAACCAUAUACCAAUGAACAAUCAUGACGUACUAUUCGGAAACACGUGGUAUUUUGCUGAGAAAUUAAUCUCCUCAUUUCAUGCUCCAUUUCAUUCUCGCACAUGCAUGACAGUUUUCGGCUGCUUAUUUUUCAUCAUUUUCAUAAACCUCAUUUUG